GGAAAAAAAUAAAUAUCUGUGGUUUGGUUGGUUGACUGCAAAGAGUGUUGACUGGUUGUGGAAAAGGAAUCAAAUGACGCUUUGUGAAACGGUUGGCACCAGUUUGUAAAGAAUGUCGGCACCUGAAAUUAAUGCUUACUUUACAGGGAACGGGACGUACAAGCCUAUAAACCCGAUUGCCUCGAAAGUUGGUGAUUUCACACCGUUUUACAUUGCCAUUGCAAUCUGCUCGGUGAUUCUCGGCUUUCUGAUCAUACUGAACGUGGUGUGCUGCUGUUCCAGAUAUUCAGAAUACUGGCUUGACAGACAUACAGGUAAUCGCUGGAUUGUGUCAAUCUGGUCGGCGACUCCACACAAGCAGCCACCACUGGACUUCACAGAGCUUGAGAGCAACUUCCAGCAAGUUCACUAUGUGCAUCCUUACGGAGAAGACAGUGAAGAGUACCGUGACAUCCACAAACAUAGCGUCCCACCAUCAGUGUCUCAACAGCCACUGACUUCUUCCCAGGAGUACUUGGAGUUGCACAAGAGGGAGAGUGACAUUUAGAAUGGCGUUCUUGAUGCUUUAUCCUGCAGUAGCAGUUCUCUCUAUGUUCGUACUGAUGGUUAUCAUAUUAAUUCUAAGAUUUGGAGCUCGCUGGUGCAAGCUCCGUCAUAAUACACUGGCUGACCAAGAAUAUUGGAAUGAAGAUGAUGCAUAUGAACAGAAAGUUUCAUAUGCUUAAUUUUUCUAAAUCUUUUUACUAACAUUCCUUGUGUAUUUUAGAUUAGAUGUAACAAUAAGCUAAAUAAUUAGUAUGAGAUACUUGUGUCAAUUAGGAAAUCAGUAUUUCAAUGUCCAUUAGGUAGUAUAUUAUUUAACAUUCCCACUUUAUACACUUUAUUUUACCUAUGGUAACAAUUUUUUUGUUUUGUAUAAGUUGUUUAAGUUCAUGAACCCGUCCAACUAUGGUCCUAUAGACUUAAUAUUUUAUUGGUUUAUUGUAAUUAAUCAGAAGUAUUCUUAAACUUUAUUUUAUUUAUGUUCUUAUACCAAC